UGAACGGGGUGUGUAGACAUACGGUAUAUCGCGCUGUCCUUCAUUGUAAUUAUUGAACUCCAGGUUCCAAAAUUGUAUGUUCUCAAAUACAUUGGCUUUGUGAUAUCAACCCGUGACUAACAAAUGUACCCAUAAGGUACAAUGAUUGCCUUUUUUUUGUGAAUGUUAAUUUUAAAUACACACACACACACAAUCGCAAAAAUGUUUUUUUCAUGUCAGUCUGUUCUACGCAAUUACAUUUCAUGCAAGAUGAUAACCUCAGAAAAUGGUUACAACUUGAUAGUCUUUUUUAAAUAUAUAUUUUAAAGUCUUAACAUAUUUGUCUUUAUGAACUUUAUUAUUCUUCAAAUAUCCAACGUUUUCUCCGACUAGCUUGAAGACAAAUAAUUUUCCAAAAGCAUUUCUUGCUCUUGUGGCCUACCAUACAAAAUAUUGUGAAUAACCGAUUGGCAUAAAAAUGUUGCGUAACGUUCUAAAGUCUACUAAUGCGACUUGCUUAAUCUGGGCCUAAUUUUUAAACGUGCUUACAAAAUGAAAAAGAAAAGCGCUGUUUGUUUUCACAAAAGAUGAACGAUAAGAUCAGUUGGUGAUUUGGAAGGAUGUCAAUGGAAGAAUAGAAGCCACUUGGUGUGCAAGUACACCCCGGAGCUAUUGUUCCCUCAUCAUGUGAGAGAAAGUGUCUUUCGAUUGCACUAUGGAAUGUGUUCAAGAGCGGUUCUUGUGUAAAGUUUGUCAUGUAUGUAAAAUACGUUUUCCUGUCAUGUUAAAUCAUGCGCACUGGUGUGAUAUAAACUAUUUGCUCCAAAGUUUUUUUCUCUCUCCCCCCUUCUCAAAUCAAUUAUGUCUGAUUGCAAGCACCUGCUGUAUGAGCGAGCAACACUGCAUGCAAACACAACUGAAUCUAAAAACAGGACGCCAUUUGGAUUGGGAAUAACUCCUGAGAAACACAUGGGGAGCUUUUCCUGAAUAAUUAUUUCGUGAAUGCACACACAUGCUUCGCAGUCCUCCGCACUGUGGCACACUUCAUGAGAGCCCAAUUGAGCUCAGAAAAAGAAAUAAAGCCAUGAGCAACCCGCUAAGCCCUUCUCCUGCUAACUGGUUCAAAGCUCCACGACGGACCAGACUAGGCGAGCCAUGUUUGAAGACGUACCCGCUGCAGUACGAGGAGCAGCUUAAGAGAGCCCGGGUGUCCUUCCAGGCCAGGCGGAGCAUCAAGGAGAACUUCAGGCUGGCCCAGCUGGAGGCUGUACUGCGAAUGUUGGAGGAACAUGAGUGUGACUUUGUGGAUGCUCUCGGAAGGGACCUACACAAGCCACGAUUUGAGACCGUUGUCUCAGAGUUGAUUCCGGUUAAAAAUGAGGCUCUUCAUGCCAUCAACAACCUCAAGAAGUGGAUGCAGCCACAGCAGGUGGAAAGAAAUCUGUCCACCACGCUGGAUGAGUGUCUUGUGGUAAACGAGCCCCUGGGGGUUGUGUUUAUCAUGGGGACCUGGUGCAGUCCAGUCCAAAUGUGCCUGGUGCCACUGGUGGGAGCCAUUGCAGCAGGUAACUGUGCCAUCAUCAGUCCUUCUGUGUGCACGGCCCACACAGCAGCACUUCUCCAACGUCUCAUCCCUUCCUACUUGGACAAUGAAUGCUUCCAUGUAAUUCUUGCAGGGACCAAUGACUUGGCUGACAUUGUGGAACUUAAAUUUGAUCAUGUCUUCUUUUCCGGAACCAGAGAGGAAGGUAGUCGGAUCGCUCAAGCUGCAGCUUUAUGUUUGACACCCAUUACCCUCGUUCUGGGUGGGAAGAACCCGUGUUACGUAGACCAACACUGUGAUAUUACCAUCACAGCCCAACGCAUCGCCUGGGCCCGCUUUCACAAUUCCGGGCAGAGCUUGGUGGCCCCUGACUACAUCCUCUGCCAUUCAGAUGUAAAAACCCGUCUGGUCCAAGCACUGAAGUGCUGCCUGAUGCGGUUCUAUAGUUCUGAUCCCAGAGAAUCCAGCAGCUUUUGCCGCAUGGUUAAUCUGGACAUCUUUAACCGUACGAGGGACUUGUUGUGGAGGUCUGGCAAGGUGGCCUUGGGUGGACAGGUGACAGAGGCAGAGAAGUAUAUUGCCCCAACAAUUUUGACUGAAGUUGAUGAGUCGGACCCCAUUAUGCAACAAGAUCUUUUUGGGCCAGUGCUUCCAGUUCUCUCUGUAAACAACGUGGAUGAGACGAUUGCCUUCAUCAACAAACAAGAGAAACCCCUCUGCGUGUAUGUGUAUUCCAACAACAGCAAGGUGAUUUCAAGAGUCAUGAGUGAAACAUCAAGUGGAAGCUUUUGUUCCAACGACAGCACCCUGCAGAGUCUGAUCGUGACGUUGCCUUUCGGUGGAGUUGGUGCCAGUGGACUUGGUUCCUACCAUGGACGCUACAGCUUUGAUACAUUCUCUCAUAGGAAGUCAUGUCUGCUAAGAAGCACGCACUUGGAAUGUGUCACGUCCCUGCGUUACCCACCUUACGAUGACCGCAAUUUAUCGCUCAUAAUGUGGGGCAGUAGCCUCUCCUGGAAAAGCCAGGGUUGGUGUCACAUACUGUGAUUUUGUGCGGAAGGGUCAAACUGGAACCUAACUUCUCUUCAGAGCUCGAUGUGUUGUGCCAGUAUCACAAAAUGAAUGCUGAAAUCCAAUGAGAAUGGAGGGUAAAUUGAUUGAGAUGAAGUUGCCAUAGCUGUCAAUGAUUGCCUUGACUGAUGACUUACAGAGAGGAUGCAUUUCAAUACAUGACGCAAUAAAUGACGCAAGUGGAUGUAGUUUUGCAAAGUUGUGCAUUCUCACUGAAAGCUUUCUAUAAAGAAGAUGCACCAGAACAGAUGUUUUCAUCUCAUGUAUAAAUUAAUAUAAAAUAUGCACAUGACUGUACAGCCCA